AUGACCGCUGUUCAACUGAAGUUCUCUCUCCGGACUUCCUCCAACGUCAAGACCGUCCAUCUGCUCGGCUCCUGGGAUAACUACUCUCGUCAAAUUCCUCUUUCCCGGGAUGAUUCCAAGCCAGGCUCAUGGGUUGGCAAGUUCCGCUUCCAGACGUCGAUGCUGAAGCUAGGUGGUCGGUACUGGUACUACUAUAUCAUGGAUGGAUACCAUGUCUCUCACGAUCCCGCCGUCGAAUACACCGUUGAGCCCACCACUGGCCGUAAACUCAACAUCCUCGAUGUCCCCGGCGGCAAGAGCUCCAACCCUGCUCCCAAGACACGCCGAGGUUCCAACGACGUCGUCAAGGGCCGAGCUCUGUCUCCAUCCAAGAUCCACCACCCCAAGCCUUCCAAGCCCUACGCCUCUCGACAGAUCCGGGAGACCGACUUUGCUCCCACCAUGGAGGACCUGACCAGGCGCUUUGCCGGCUCCCGCAUGUCUGACGAGUACUCGUACUCCAACAGCCCCCCCAGCUCCGUCGGCUCUUCCCUGUCAUCUCGGUCUUCGGGCACCACCUCGCCGUCGUCCUUGUCUUCUAUGAGUGACCCACCCACCCCGAUCUGCCGCUGUGAACGGUACGGCAUCACUCGCAAGGGUGACCGCGUCAAGCUCGACUGCGGUGGCAGCCGCUGUGGCUAUGUCACCGAGUCUUCAGAGGCCAGCUGCUCCGAGUCUGACAGCGAUGAGGAAUACCGCCGGGCUCGUACUGCAGUGCGCCGUCAAGGCAUCGUUGUGCGCAGAUAA